CGGCGGCGGGCGCGCCCCUCGCGCUGGGGGGCCGCACGCGGCGGCGGCGCCGGCGAGGAGCUCGCUUCGGACUCGCCGCCGCCCUGGCUGGCGGCCUGGACAGCGAGGCAGCGGCGGCCGCGGCUGUUCCCCUGACCCGGGACUUGGUCGCCGCGGCGGUCGACGAGUAUGGGGCCGCCUGGGUGGCGCAGGACCCAGGCCGCAUCGCGCGUCUCUUCACGGAGGACGCAGUCUACAUCGAGCGCCCGUUCGACAGGGCGGGGACGUUCCGUGGCGGGCGCGCGAUCCGGAAGUACUGGGCCACGCAGAUCGUGGGCAAGCAGGCGAACAUCGUGUUCCGCCACGUCCGUGACGCCAUGGUCGUGGACGCGCAGCAGGGCCGCGCCACGGUCAAGUGGCUCGCGGAGUUCGACAACCUCCGCUUCGAGCCGGGGAAGGAGCAGCCCACCAGAGGGCGGAUCCGUUUCGUGCAGGUC